CCCCUUUCGCCCUUGAUGCCAACUUCUUCUAGUAACGGCGUACGAGGUACAAGCGUCAGAGCUCCUCCAAGGCUGAUGUCGACAACGCCCUGAAUAUAUCCGGAGCCUGAGGAAGCUCAAACCCUGUCUGUCCUCGUGAGGCAGCUGCUGACCUGCUGUUCUAGCUCCGAUUCAUGCCAGCUCUCAACUUCCAUGCGCCUCCGAGAAUGCUACAAAUAUUCCCAGCCUUCCCAUUUUUCACCAUGGCUGACAUUCCCCCCUCCAGAUCUCGCCCAGCGCCAGGAUGGCCGGCUCCUACGUGUUUGCGGUCAUUGUGACACUCCUCUCUGCGUUGGGCCCACGCUCUACGGCGGCUCAGAAUUCCUGUGGCACGGAUCAAAAUCCAUACUGUGCGGGCGACAGCACAUUUGAACAAAUCUGCUGCCCUUAUCCCAAUGUUUGUUACUGGCAAAACCGUAAUGGUGAGCCAGGUUGCUGCCCGGCUGGUCAGGUCUGCGAUGGUUCCUCUCCUUAUUACCCCUCGACCCCUCAGCCAACGCCUACCCUUCAAACAACUACCGUACAUCCAUCUACCAUCACAAUAACGCCGACCCCUGUCCCUGCGCCGUCGACUACUGUGGUCACUGGCGGGGGGAUCAUCAUUGUCACCACUGUUCCUAACAGCGGUGCUACUGUUACCACGGCGCCCUAUAGCAUUGUCACCAUUACUACCCAUCCAAACAGCGUCAGUACGAUAACCACCAUCUAUACCGGCGCUUGUGGUGGUGGAGUUUGUUCAACUGUGACCUCUGGAGUGGUUGGCGUCUACUCGACUGUGACUUCAGUGGUUAGCGGAGCAUUCUCCACCGUCACUUCUGGUGCUGCCAGCGCAUUUUCCACCGUUUCUGGGAUCCUGGUGGGAUCCAACAAUGCUCCCGGUUUGAGCCCUGCCUCGAUGUUUGUGCACUUUAUGGCUACUUUGUUUGUGAUUGUGGGGAAUUUGUUUGGAUAACAAAUUCGUGCACGACUGGUCGAACUUUCUACCCAUGGGGCUAGUGGUGGCCUCGAGCCAGAUUUAUCUGAUCAGCGGCUUUCGACCACCGCUGAUUGGACAAAUCCAAAUACUACAGAACCAGUCCUGAAUUUGGGGAUUCCAGCUAUAUCUCGCUCUCAAAGAGAAGGUCUGGAGGACGUGGAUGAGCCGCAAAGACGCUCUACGGAGCGGCAAAUCUGUUGAGAAGGAACGCUACAGACUUCACAUGCUGCGCAGAGGUUGCAAAUCUCGACAGGACCGGGUUUGCCGGUGCCUCAGUCCUCAGUGGACAGUAAUGAGCCAAAAGACCAAUUUACCCAGCUAACGGCACGAUGACACGUUCGGGUAGGACAAAACGAAGCCGUUAACGCAGGGAAAGCCUCCGAGGACGAGACUCCUCGCUGGCAGGUUUCGCACCGCCGAAUGAACGCUGGAAAGGCCUGGUGUAAUGAGGCUACCCGAAGAUGUCUUUCCGAGAGUCAUCGAAGAAAACUUCUGGAUCAUCAGGGUCUCAGUAAGAUCAAGUAUUAUGCGCGGCGGAAAUGGCAAAGAAGCUGCACCAGAAGAAUCGAUAGGCAUCCCUGUUACGCAGCCUCACGUUCUAAAUGUCCGCCCACGUCUAAGAUGAGAUCAGAACAAAAUAACAGAUUCAAGAGGUUCUCGGACGCUGCCAUAUGUGGAGGCGGAAGGAUCCACACAUCAUCUAGAUGGCUACCUUUCCUUCCUUCAAGAGAGACAUGACUCCAAAAACAUCUAUGGGGUUCUUCCGAGCAGUCUGGAUAGUCUUCUGUGCAUAAACAUCCCCUUCUCGGUCGCCAUCUUAUCUACCGCCCCCUGGGCAGCCGACCUCUUAAUGACAUGGGAAAUGGUAUACUGUGAUCCCGACAGCCUCUUCAGAGAGAACUCGGAAGCAUGACGACGUAGAUAGCGUUUCGGGUGCAGGUUUUCAAGAUAGUUGGUUGCGAGCAUUCAAGAGCUGACUAUGAAGGAACACCUAAUGCGCA